CUAUAAUUGGAUUUAUACUUACUAAAGACUCGGCUUUGCUUUCCCUGGUUCUCUUUGGGCAUUGCCCGCGAAGCCUUUGCUCUAUCUUGGAGGUAUUUCUAUUUGUUUGUUGAGGAGCAGAGUAGAGUAGAGAGUGACGGUAACGGUACUGGCAACGGUAACGGAAGGCAUUCCUUGUCACGCCCAGGUGGGUUGAAGAUGACACGAACACGCAGGAUAGUCCACCUAUACAAAAGUUGUGAUCACAAGUGUUGUGGGCGCAAGAUCAGCUCUAUACGAUUCAGGAGCGAGAGUGAGCGACGGAGAAACAUCCCCAGCCUUCGUCUUCGUGCGCACCUAGUUAAUAUUGUAAGGUGUCGUUGACUUAAGCUUAACAUGCAAAAGUUAUGCAGAGGCAUAGCCCAAAAGACUUGACCGAUUCCCCAACGCUUUCAGGCCAAUGAUAUUGUUGCAAGGAAGAAGCACCCCGCGCC